UGCUUUAACUACUUUUUGGAUUGUCCUCAUGACUUUUAUUAGAAUAAAGUUGUAUCUGGACCUCUUAGCAUUGAUUGUCACUAAACCCAGGACCCUGCAUUCACUAUAUCUUGGUCUCCCGGACCCUGCAUUCACUAUAUCUGCUCUCCCCAGUCCCUGCAUUCACUAUAUCCAGUCUCCCCGGACCCUGCAUUCACUAUAUCUGGUAUCCCCGGACCACGCAUUCACUAUAUCCAGUCUCCCUGGACCCUGCAUUCACUAUAUCUGGUAUCCCCGGACCCUGCAUUCACUAUAUCCGGUCUCCCCGGACCCUGCAUUCACUAUA